UUGCUAAGCAAUGCAUUCAGACGAAUAUGGACGCUUCCGAGACGCUAACAGAUGAACUUACUUCACCAGAGCAGACAGUGGGGGUUGAGGAGUGUGAUGGAAACCCUGAGGAUGAGCAGAAGAAAUCUAUCCCAGAUGACAUGCAUUACAGCUAUGAGGAACUGUGCUCCAAACCCUUCAUCACUGCAGACUCCAACAUCCCACAGAACCUGCUGCACCUCUCACAUUCAUUUGGCUAUGACUGUGGUCGGAGAGGAAACCUACAGCUGUUGGAUGAGCAUACGUUGACCUUCAUAGCUGGGAAUCUGCUUAUCCUAUUGGAUAUGCACACCAAAAAACAGCAUUACAUCCGCUCUAGCAGCGGGGGAGGAAUCGGAGCCAUUAUGACUCAUCCAAGUAAGCAGUAUCUUGCAGUGGCAGAGAAAGGCCAUCAGCCCAACAUCAUCAUAUAUGAGUAUCCAUCCCUGCGGCCUUACAGGAUCCUCAGAGGUGGCACAGGCUGUGAAUACAGCUUUGUGGAUUUUAAUCGGGAUGGCUCUUUACUGGCCAGCGUGGGUGGAGCUCCAGACUACAUGCUAACGCUGUGGGACUGGAGGCAGGAACAGGUGACACUGUGCAAUAAAGCUUUCUCGCAGGAUGUCUACAGGGUCACCUUUUCACCCGACAGUGUUGGACAGCUCACUACAUCUGGCACUGGGCACAUUAGAUUCUGGAAAAUGGCUAAUACAUUUACUGGUUUAAAGUUGCAAGGGUUGCUGGGAAGUUUUGGAAAAACGACAGUUACAGAUAUAGAAGGAUAUGUGGAGCUUCCUGAUGGAAAGGUUGUGUCAGGAUCAGAGUGGGGUAACAUGCUGCUUUGGGAGGGGGGUCUGAUAAAGGUGGAAUUAUGCCGUAAAGGUGGACGCACUUGUCAUAGCGGCCCCAUUUACCAGUUUAACCUGGAUGAGGGAGAACUAAUGAGCAUAGGAUCUGAUGGAGCAGUCAGAAGCUGGAACCUGGAGACCAUAGACACGGCAGAUGCAGUUGAUGACAGCGGCCUGUUUGAGAUUGAACCCAUGAAUGAGAUAAUAAUCGGCCGUAAUGUCAGUUUACAUUCUAUGGUCAAGAGCUCAAUCCCAGAAACCUCCAUCUGGUUUGCUCAGGACUCUAAUGGCUGUAUUUGGAAAUUGGAUCUCUCAUUCUCCAACAUUACCCAAGAUCCAGAGUGUCUCUUCUCAUUUCAUGCUGGUGCCAUUCAGGGCAUGGAUGUUUCUGAAAAGAGCCAUCUCAUGGCCACUACAGCCUUGGACUCCUCAGUCAGGGUGUUUGACUUUCUUUCAAAGAAAGAGCUCACGAUAUGCCGCUUCAAACAAGGAGGGACAACACUCACAUGGGCUUCAGACAUGGUGAACACUGCCGGGGGUCUGCUGGUUGUGGGUUUUGAAGACGGCGUUGUACGUCUCUUGGAGCUGUAUAACACUCAGAGUCUGCACACGGUUGCAGGACGCACACGCUCUGGAGAUGCUGAACUCCGCCUGAGACAAGCUCUCAAGCCCCACAAUGCACCUGUGACCGCCAUCGCCUACGAGAGAACUGGAAAGAUCAUGGCUACUGGGAGCGCAGACAGCACUGUUUUCUUCUUCACGGUGGGGGAAAGAUACACACCAGUAGGGUUUGUUACAGUCCCAGGUCCUGUGCAAGGUCUGGAGUGGUCACCUCAGUCACAUGAGAAAAACACUCUGCUGAUCUUCUGUCGAAAUGGUCAUGUGGUGGAAGUUCAGUGUCCUGAUCCCGGAGCUCAGACUGGUGGAAACACCUUUCAACUCUCAGAUCUUCCCACAAUGCAUUUCUGCUUCAGCAGCAUCAAGUCCCGAAUUAAGAGAGAUGCAGAGGUAGCACUCAGGCAGGCCAGAAAAGAGGAGAAGAAGAAAGAGAGGGAAAGACGCUUGAAGAAAUUAAAGGAGCAGAAGCCAGAUGCCACAGAGGAGGAACUACAGGAGGAAGAGAAAGAAGAGGAUGAGAAGGAAGAGGAACUGCCGCCUCUUUACAUUCCAUCUCCUCCCAGUCCUCUACACUGCGGCUUUUACUCAACACCAGGGUCAUUCUGGCUUUCUAUGGGUGGCUAUGACUCAGGGUAUUUGUACCACUGUAAGUUCUCUGAACAGCAGAGCGAUCCAUUAGAGAGGAAAGAUGAGCCCUUUUCCUUCAUACCUGUGCAUGAUGCAGACAAAAACCCCAUUCUCACCAUCACUUUCAAUUCGAGCAGGCAGUUGUUGUUAUGUGGCAUGAAGGAUGGCAGUAUUCGGGUGUACCCUGUACAGGCCUCGGACCAUCAGCUCAGCUCCAUGCAGGUGUACUGGGCCCUCAGCGUCCAUGACAACCACUACGGCCAUGUGCGCCACAUCCGCUUCAGCUUUGAUGACACAUUUGUCCUGACUGCAGGAGAGGAUGGCAACAUCUUCUCUUUCAGCUGCUUGCCAGAGGAGGAGCUCCAGAAAGCCAUGCUCAAACAUGCCAAAGUGCCCUCUCCACGGGUUGGGCUGGAGACGGAGAAAGCGGUUCAGGACAUAGAGGAUCCUUCCGCAUACAGCAUAGAAACAGCUAAACAGAAGCUGGAGCUGGACCGCAUGCAUAAGAAUGCAGAACAGAGGAAACAGGAGCGACGUAAGAGGCUGGCGGAACUGCAGAGUCGAUUUCAAGCUUUACUGGAGCAGAACCAGGGUCUUCCUGAACACAUCCGCCUCCAUCGCUCGGAGUUUGAACUGGACCCGAGCUUCCGUGAAGAGACUGAAAGACAGACAGAAGAGAGAAUGAUGGAAGUCAGGAAAGAACUGGCCUGGGAGGAGGAGAGAUACCGCAUCGGUCUUAACAAACUACAGACAAUGUUCUGGGAGUCAGUGGUGGAGGACACGAUCACGGUCCAUGCGUUUAAGAGUGGACAUAAGGUUUCUAACUACAGGCUGCGGGCUCUGUCUGCCAUACAGAUGCACCUGCACCAGCAUGGCACAGCGCCAUCUCAGAGCGGACACAUGGAACAGGAUCACUGGCAGAGCAAAGCACAGCCUGGCAAAGAAGCCAGCAACAUUUCAUUGCAGGAUGAGCUGGUAACAGAUCCGGUGAUGCAGUCGGGAAGCAUGCAGGCAGGGUCUCGUAAACUGGCCAGCAGAGAGGCGGAGAAACUCCGGAAAGCUGCCGAGAAGGCAGAGAAAGCCCGAGCCAUGAUAGAGAAGAGGAAAAAAGAGUGGGCAGAACUCUAUUCCUCUAAGCCUAGUGAGGACUAUGAAGACCCUAAGGAUGUGGAAGCGAUCCGAUUGGCUAAGGAGAAAAUGGGCGACUUUAAGCUGAAGUCAGCAAAAGACUUUACUGUUCCCGAGCACCUGCGGAUGAACGUGGAGAAGAAGAGACUGCAGUUAGUCGAACUGGAAAAAAAGAUCUUUGAGAAGAAGUCUGAGAUGAACUCCCGUGUGAUGGCUCUUAGGGACAGUAAGAUGGAGAUUGUGUCUCAGCUCCAGGCUCAGGUGGAGCAGUUACUGGAGGUCCAGCAGCACCUGCCACCUGAGAAGCGUUGUCCACUGCCAGCUGUACCCGUCUUAAUGCCAGAAGAGAUGCCAGAGAGGAAACACAGAUACACCCGGGCCACCCUGGAGCGUUACGCCACUCUUAGGGACAAGAUGGCUUCCACUGGCCUGGAAGAACAACAGGAUGAGCAGAAUAUCCUGGAGCUGCUUGAACAAGAGGAGCAAGGCACACACACUGAGGCUCAGGACACACACAUUGAGAACGAAGAUGAAGAAACGCACUCUCAUAAGCAGGAAGAGGAGCUCACAGAGCUAGAAAAAGAGAUGAGAGAUAUUGAGGAGUUCAGAAACCUGUGCCAGCAAGACCAGCUUCUUAAAAAGAUGGAAGAGGCAGUGUGGCGCUUCGACGCCGAGUUGUGUGUGUUGCGUCACGAGAAGCAGGAGAUGGAUGUGUACAUGAAACUUGCUGAUCUGAGACACGUGACGCUUUUUGAGGAGCUGCUGCUUCUGAAGGAGUUUGAGAAGAGGGAGGACAUACUACAGAAGCGACUGACCACCUAUUUACAGGAAGAGGAAGAAAUCAGGACCAAGAUGCACGAAAAUAAGAAGCAGAUGGAGCUGAAGAAGAGAGACAUCCUGAGACUUCAAGGAAAGGAGAAAACAAUCGCCGCCACUUUUCAGGCCUCACUGGGGGAGAACAACAAGUUUGAGGAAUUCCUCACCAGAGUGUUUAAGAAAAAGAUCAAGCGUACAAAGAAGAAAGAAAAGCAGGGACGUGACGGUGCUGAUGUGACGGAGGAGGAAGAUGACAGCGAUGAAGACUCUGAUGAAGAAUCAGACGGGGAUAAUGAUGAGGAUUAUGAUGACCCUGAGACUGGAGUUCCUCUGGAUGACAGUGUGUGUCCACCAAACUGUGAUCCCGAGCUUUUUGAGAACACACUGAGGUUGCGUGAACAUCGUCUGGAUGUGGAGGAGCAUCUGCAAGAGGAGAUAAAAACGGUUGACGGUUUAAAGAAGGAGUAUGACACACUGACCAAGAAAGAGAAGAUUGUGCAGAACAAUCGUAAAGCAGCAGAGGGUGAUCUGGAGCUCAUUAACCGAGAAAAGCAGCAGAAGCUGAAUGAAGUGGAUGUGGUGGUGCCACUCAGACUGCAUCAGAUUGAAUAUGUGAAUAAUGGUCUAUUACCGGGUAAGCUUGACUCAGCAUUAGUCCUGAACACAGCUGAUCUGCAACAUCUGGAGAAGCGCAUUAAAGAGCUGCAGCAGGAGAAGACUGAACAGCGAGAGCUCUAUAAACACGCCAAGCAACAACACGUACAGCUCAGACAUGACCUUAAAGACAUGGAGGCCAAAAUAAAGGUGUCGGAGGUACGUUGCGAGCAGCUGAUGCUCAAGAAGUUCGGAGAGCUGGUUGAUCUUGAAGUUCUGCAGACUCUGUCAGGAAACAGGAGAGUAGAGGAGAUGAGACAGGAGAUCAGAGAGCACGACACCAAAUACACUAAGGAGCUCAAACACUGGGAGGCAAAAGUUAUAGAAGCAAGAGAGGCACUGACAGAAAUCACGAAACAAAACACAGAGAGACUACGUAAAAUGAACAGCCUGCUCAGCCAGAAAAAAGCAUUGGAUGAACAACUUAAUGCCAGACAGCAGAAGACGGUGGGUCAGUUCCGAGGCCGUCUGGUUGAGAAACAGGAAUUGCAGAGGCUGCAGCAGCUGAUAGCAGCUCAAACACAGGACAUCGAAGCUCUCAGUGAUGAGAUCCGUGCUCUUUCACGCAAAGAUGGCCAUGUUCUCCCUCCGCUCGAACCUGUCCUGCCUCCCAUUCCUACCCUGCCACACAAACACACAGCAAGCAAUUCUGGUGUACACAGGAAACUUAACCUCAGCAGCAAAGCUGUGAAAUAGAUCCACACACACACUUUUACCCUAAGUGCAAAAUCAGCACGUUAGCACACAGACCUCAAUCUAUCAGUCUGUUCCUGUAGACAUGUACGACAGGCUAAAAAUGCAAUUGUCUAAUUGUAAUAAAUUCUUUCCUUGGUGAUUUUAA